AUGAUCGAAGACGACAUCUACCGCGCCUCCUCACAGUUUCGACUAUGGUCCUACACUGAGUCAUCCCUCAGUGCUUUACGCGACAAAACAAAUAAAAUAGCAAGUGGCCGAGUACGAGCUGCAUUACAGAGAGCGCGUUCCACCCAACAAUCUGCCACGCCUUCUGCGGCUGGAACACCACAGCCAGGGAGCGAUGGCGAGACAAAGAAAUCAGAGAAAGAGAUAGAGUGUCUGACACCAGAGGAGGAGCUCAUUCUGGUCCGAUACUACUGUGAAAAGACAUUGGAGUUAGGCGAGACCUAUAAGCCACCGCUCCCAACGAUGGUCCGCGUAAGUUAUCUUAUUCCAAGGUUUAUAGCCCAAAUUGCUUCUAACCACUUCAACUAUACAAAGGCAACUGCAAUUCAAUAUCUCCGCCGCUUCUACCUAACCAACUCUCCAAUGACCUAUCACCCGAAAUCAAUCAUGGCCUGCGCGCUCUUCCUCGCGACCAAAACCGACAACUACUAUAUGUCCCUCAGGCAGUUCGCAGACGGAAUCCCAGGCGACACAUCAACAGAAGACGUUAUAUCGCCCGAAUUCCUGCUCAUGCAAGGUCUACGCUUCACAUUCGACGUCCGCCAUCCUUUCCGCGGACUAGAAGGUGGCGUAAUGGAGCUCCAAGCCAUCGCACAAGGACAAGGCGCACCGGGACCUCAUCUUCUGCACCAAACACCACACCAACUCCUGCAAGCAAUUCAAUCUAUUGCGCCUGCCCCUGUCUCAUCCUCAUCAUUAUCAGACCGCAUCGCCCGCGCACACGGCACAACCCGUGAGAUCCUUAAAUCUGCUGCCCAAAUGACAGACGCCUAUUUCCUCUACACGCCUUCUCAGAUUUGGCUAUCGGCCUUCCUUCUCGCCGAUAGACCCUUGGCUGAGUUCUAUCUCGAUACUAAACUCGGUGGACCCCUCACGGAAACUACGAAUGGUAGUGCGGGCCCAUCGGAUCUUCAGAAUCCCCUCUACGAACUCCGGAGUAAGCUUCACAAAGUCUUGACUGACUGUUCUGCUCUCCUUGGGGCGUAUACUACUCUUUCUUCGGACCCGAAUCAAAUGAAGGACUUGAAGCGCAUUGCCAAGAAGCUUUAUCACUGCCAGAAUCCUGAAAAGGUAAGUCUGCGUAAUAAGCGUGAUUCUGCGCAGCCGCAGGCUCUGUCGAGCCAGGUUACCUCUGAGAGUGAAUCGGAACGUCUGGCGAAGAAGCGGAAGUUGGAGGAGAAGGCACGGGGUGGCGCUUCGGAUAUUUUUGGUCCUGAGUUGGUCACGGAGCGGACUAAGCAGUGA